AUGUCCCAGCAGGCAGAAAAAGCUCUCUUAUCCAAGCUAAACAAACUAUCGUUAAAAGACUCAAAAACACCAGCUAAAAAAAAUGGUUACAAAAACAGACCAAUCUGCACAGACGCGUUAUCGGCCGAGGUAACGAAUCGGAUAGCGUUAGACUGUGAAAUGGUUGGGAUCGGAGCGGAUGGCAAAGAGCACAUGCUGGCACGGGUUUCCAUCGUAAACGAACGGUGCGAAGUCGUCAUCGACCGUUAUGUAAAGCCGCAAGAAACCGUAACAGAUUAUAGAACCGAAAUCAGUGGCAUACGACCCGAACAUAUCGCACAUGGUGUAGAAUUUCAGGAGAUGCGCGAGGUAGUUAGACAGAUCAUUCAUGGCAAGAUACUAGUGGGACAUGGGCUCUAUAACGAUCUCUCGGUGCUAAACUUGCGACAUCCUAAGUACAACAUUCGUGAUACGGCGCGGUAUCGACCAAUAGCGAAAAAAGCCGGCUCAUUUGGGACACCUAGCCUGAGAAGCAUCACGUACGCACUUCUGGGUGAAGAGAUUCAGGAUGGGUCGCACGACUCGGUGGAAGACGCUCGAGCAGCCAUGAAGAUAUAUUUACAGUUCCAGAAGGAUUGGGAAAAAAGUACACUACCCGCUUGGGUAUACGAAACCAGCACAUAA